CCUACUUUCCCUCUCGACACGCCAUCAGAUGGCGUAAGCUAGUCGCUCGUUAUUCUGAUCUUUGGCGUAGUCUUGCUCACGCUUGAUGUUUUUAUUUGACUAUGGAAGACCGGAGUCCUUAUCGAUGCGAAGAUAUCGCGGAGCUAAAGAAGAAUGUACCCCAUGAGGCAGAGGUAUCUGCACAGGAGCUUGAACGCGCUGCUAGGAGGGGUUGUCGACUAUGUUCCGUCCUAUUAGCUGCUGUGGAGCCGUAUGUCCAGGGGAACUAUGACGCAGGCACGAUAGUUAGGUUGUCAAUGUUGUUCAGGCCGGAUUUGACAAUCAGGUGGGAGGGAGGUGACAAGGAACUAACCGGGCCGAUAGAAGUCUUUACUGCAGAAGAUACUGGCUGCAUCCCGAUACGAAAAGCGAGAGUAGUGUGCGAUUCUACGUCCUCCGAAGCUGCGUUUCGUCGAAUCAUCGAAUGGUGCCGCACUUGCUUGGACACGCAUCGCAUCCUCUGCAACUCCAUGUCUGAUGUCCAUACGCUGCCACACCGAGUGUUGGAAAUUGGUUCCGCUGCAGGGGAUAAGAUCUGGUUGAGAGAGACGAAAGGAGAGCCAGCAGCAUACGCGUGCCUGAGCCACACCUGGGGCGGCUUCCAGCCCCUGAAGACAACAAACGAGACACUGGAAGAGCAUAAGAGAAACAUACCCUGGGAGAGCAUACCGAAGACUUUCCAGGACGCUGUCAUCACUACACGGCGCUUGAACCUGCAGUAUAUAUGGAUUGAUUCUCUCUGUAUCAUUCAGGACGACGAGAAUGACUGGCUGAUCGAAUCAGCGCUCAUGGCAGAUAUAUAUCGGAACGCCGUAAUUACCUUAUCGGCUGCCGCAUCAAAAGGACCCUCCGAUGGCCUCUUCAGAGAGACACAGCCAGAGCAUCGAGGGCGCGAACUGGUCCACCCUCUCCUCAAAAGCGACGACCACAGUCCGAGGUUCUUCACCCGGCGCCCUAUCGAUCACUACCGUAAGGACCACCCGCUCCUUGAUCGCGGCUGGGUGCUCCAAGAGCGCCUCCUCUCACCUCGAGUGCUGCACUUCGGCACGUACGAGCUCAUCUGGGAAUGCAUGCAGGGGAAGGACUGCGAAUGCGGACAUAUGCCGAAGGUUCAAUGGCUCUCCGAGAAACCCAACUUCCAUCCCGGCGUACUCUCCAGCCUGCCGUUCCUCCACACAGCGAACGCCUGGAGAAAAGUGGUCGAAGAUUUCUGCGCGCUGGCGCUGACCUUCGAGCGCGAUGCCUUCCCCGCCUUAUCCGGAGCCGCGAAGAUCGUCAAGCGCAGCCUGGAAAGCAAAGGCAUGCAGACGAGAUAUGUGGCUGGGAUGUGGGAGUGCUGGUUUAUCGAGGACUGCUUGUGGGACGUUGCUAUACUCGGUGAGAGGGGGGGCGUGAGGCCGGCUGUUUGGCGCGCGCCAACGUGGUCCUGGGCGUCGGUGCUGCGGAAUGGGACUACGAGCGUGACGUAUAAGGGUGCGUACCAUUUAGCCAUGGCGCAGCGGGAGGGUGAGGAAUGGCUUGAUGACAAAGCGUUGACACUACAUGCUCGGCUGGAGAGCUUGCAUUGCGAGCUGGAAGGGCCGGAUGAGAUGGGACCGAUUCUCUCGGCACAUGUCGUUUUGACUGGACCGUUGUUACAGGCUAAGCUCGAUGGGAAUGAUCUGGAUGUUCCAGCGAAGAAGUACGGGUCUUUGUCGGAAUUCGGUCGGGAUUAUGACUUUGCUGAGGAGGGACCGGGACACAUUGCUCAGGGCUCGACUUUGUGGUGUUUGAUGCUUGUUUCUUUGAGGUCCCCCUUGGAUAAGCCGCUUCGUGAAUGCUUGUGGUGUUUGGUCCUAAGGCAAGUAGGGGUGGAGCCGGAUGGACAGCCGGUGUAUGAGCGAGUUGGGCUAUUAAGAUAUAGGUGGGGUGCGGAUGAGAGGUGGCCGGUGGAGAGUUGGUUCAAACCUGAGCUUGUCUUAAAAGAUGCUGUGGUUAAGAUUGUGUAGGUGGUACGAAGUAAGAGCUUUGGCGGUGCAACAAGCUGGUGUGCAGGGCGCGAGUUUGAGGUGUCCAUGAUGGAAUAAAAAGUGCAGUCAGAUUGUUCCCAGAUAGAGGAUGUCACUGCUAUCCGAGUAAGUCUCAGUCAAAUCAACAAGU